UUGUUAACGUAUUUUACAAACGUUAACACACACGAUACGGUAAAAGGAUUUUAAGCUUUAAAUCAAAACGAAAAAUGUUUAUUAACGGAAACGGAAAUGAAAGAUAAAAAAUAAUUUUUUUAAAUUUUAAUAAAAAUAAAAUAAAACAUUAUCCUUUGAAGUGUUAAAGAAAAAGUGUUUAAAAAAUAAUAAAAAAAAAUAAUAAUUUAAUAAAAAAGAAUAUAAAUACUACUAUAACAACAUGACUGAUCGGUUUCAAGUUUCUAAAUCCAAUGGGACUAACCCGAAUAUUACCACUAUAACUGAAAAUAUUCCUACAAAUGGUCAGGAGCCUAAUAGUAAUGCUCCUACAUAUCAAAAUCCACCACCACGCAAAUCUUCACGCAUAUCCUUUCGUGGUUUCGGUAGUUUUUUAAAACCUAGAAAAUCCACCGUAACUGAUGAUCGUAAAUUUAGUUUGGCUCAAUUGACUCAAGAAUCUUUACCACGUUUGGGUAAUUAUAGAUUAUCCCAAAGAAAUAUUAAGAGACCCUCAAUUAGUCAACUACAAUGCGAGCCGGUACAGGAAGAGUCUAUACAAAUUCCCGAACCUCCACCACAGGAACCAAUGGGUCAUGCUAUAAAACUAGGAUGGAUUGUGGGUGUAAUGGUGCCUUGCCUGCUCAAUAUCUGGGGUGUAAUGCUGUUCUUACGUCUCAGUUGGGUAGUGGCUCAAUCGGGUAUUUUACAAACGCUUAUCAUCAUUGCCAUAUCCGCCAUUGUGUGUGUAGUCACCACACUCUCGCUAUCGGCCAUCAGUACGAAUGGUGAAGUUAAGGGAGGUGGUGUUUAUUUCAUUAUAUCGAGAUCUUUGGGUCCCGAAUUUGGUGCUUCGGUGGGUGUGGUAUUUGCCUUUGCCAAUGCAGUAGCCGCGGCCAUGAAUACCAUAGGUUUUUGUGAUUCUCUAAAUGAUUUGUUGCGUGAAAAUGGUUUAAAAAUAGUUGAUGGCGGCAUAAAUGAUGUGCGUAUCGUGGGUGUUUGCACUAUUCUGGUGUUAAUUUGCAUUUGUUGUGUGGGCAUGGAAUGGGAGACAAAGGCACAAAAUUUCCUUAUUGUCACCAUUGUAUUGGCUAUAUUUAAUUUCUUAAUUGGUGCUGCCAUUGGUCCCCAGGAUAAUGCUGAUGCUAUUUCCAAGGGUUUUGUGGGCUUUUCAUGGGGUACACUUAAAGAGAAUUUCGUUUCGGAUUAUCGCUUCUCCGAGAACGUUAAUCAGAAUUUCUUUAGUGUUUUUGCCAUAUUUUUCCCCAGUGUUACGGGUAUUCAGGCUGGUGCCAAUAUUUGUGGUGAUUUAAAGAAUCCUGGUGAUGCCAUACCUAAAGGAACUCUAUGGGCUUUGUUAUUGUCUAUGAUAUCGUAUGCAAUUUUUGUGGUUUUUGCUGGUGGUGCUGCGGUACGUGAUGCUUCGGGCAAUAUAACCGACUUGAUAAACGGUACUAUUGUUAGUUCUGAAUUGUCUUGCAAGGCUGACAAUACCUGUCCUUAUGGUUUGGCCAAUUCGUAUUCAGUCAUGCAGCUGAUGUCUUUGUGGGGACCCUUGAUCUAUGCUGGUUGUUUUGCUGCCACUUUAAGUACAGCUUUGACUAAUUUGCUGUCAGUGCCACGCUUGGUACAGGCAUUGGGUAUAGAUCAAAUCUAUCCUGGUUUGAUUUUCUUCUCAAAACCUUAUGGCAAACAUGGUGAACCUUACAGAGGUUAUGUGUUGACCUUUAUAAUCUCAGCUGGUUUCCUGUUAAUUGGUCAGCUUAAUGUAAUUGCUCCUCUCAUCUCUACCUUUUAUUUGGCUUCCUAUGCUCUCAUCAAUUUCUGUACCUUCCAUGCGGCCUUUGUCAAGCCUUUAGGUUGGCGACCCACCUUUAAGUAUUACAAUGCCUGGUUAAGUUUGUUUGGCUGCGUUCUCUGUGUGGCCAUUAUGUUCCUUAUAGACUAUAUAUCUUCCUUGGUUACACUGGUCAUUAUAUUUAUUUUAUAUUUGGUGGUUAUGUAUCGUAAACCCGAGGCAAAUUGGGGUUCUUCUACUCAAGCUCAACAAUAUAAGGCGGCUGUUACCGCCAUGCAUAGACUCCAAAAUGUUUCGGAUCAUGUUAAGAACUAUACACCACAAGUUUUGGUAUUGACGGGAGAUCCCAUGAUAAGACCACCUCUAGUAGAUUUUAGUUAUUUGUUAACCAAACAUAAUUCUCUAUUAUUUGUAGCCAAUAUAGUGCCAACCAGUUUGGUUUAUAAGAACCGUCAACAAAUCAUCAAGGAGGGUCAGAAAUACUUGAAUGCUCGCAAAAUUAAGGCUUUUUACAAUGUACUCGAUGGUUUUACCAUGGAAGAUGGUGUGAAGGCUCUAUUAAAAUCUACCGGUUUUGGUAAAUUAACACCCAAUAUCAUGGUAAUGGGCUACAAAAGUAAUUGGUGUGAAUGCAAUCCCCAAGAAGUGGAAAGUUAUUUCAAUAUUUUGAACAUGUCCUUCUCUUUGCGCAUGGGUGUUGCCAUUUUACGUUUACCCGAUGGCUUAGACUUUUCCGAAUUGAAUCCUGAAAUUUCCUAUUCCGGUUCAAAUGGUUUAGGUCAUAUUAACACUGCCAAUGCCAAGGGUUUCACCAAUCUUUUAGUGCCUCAAGGCAAUGCUGCUUCAGAACUUUUACAUGUCGAUUCUAAUCUAAAUUUAGCCGCUAUGGAUAGUGCUAAUUCCUCGUUGACAGUACCUCAGCCACCGCCUAUGCCUAAUAUGAGCAGUUCUAAGAAAUAUAAACUACAUCAAGAUGAUAAUGUGACGUAUUUAACGAAGGGCGGUUCCGAAGUUCCUAAACAUAUUUUAGAUGCUGUUACUAUAUUCUCGAGUAAACAUCCUAAGAGUACCAUAGAUGUAUUCUGGUUGUAUGAUGAUGGCGGUUUAACUAUGUUGCUGCCUUAUAUUAUAUCGAUGCGUUCCAAUUGGCAAAAUUGUAAAUUGCGUGUGUUUGCUUUGAGUCACGGCAAGGAUGAGGAAAUGGAAGAAAAGAACAUGGCCAGCUUGUUAACAAAGUUCCGUAUUAAAUAUUCACAACUGAUAAUGCUUAAAGGUGUUACCCAUCGUCCCAAAGAAACGACAAUACUGCAACACCGCAAACUAAUCGAUAGUUAUUGUUAUAAUGCCGGUUCUGAAGAAGCAGCAGUAAGCUCCUCAGAAUUACAGGAAAUGGUAGAGAAAACCAAUCGACAAUUGCGUAUACACGAAUUGGUGGUAGAACAUUCAUCAGAGGCAGCCUUAAUAGUAAUGUCUUUGCCUAUGCCUAGAAAGGAGGCCAUUUCUGCUCCCUUGUAUAUGUCUUGGUUGGAAAUGUUAUCGUGUGAUGUUAAAUGUCCAGUGGUUUUUGCCAGAGGCAAUCAAACUCCAGUAUUAACUUUGUACUCUUAGUUUUUUUUUAUAAGUAUUACAUUCCAUAAAUGCCAAAUAAAGUUAUUUAAUAUAUAGUUUA